CACACACACACACACACACCUAGUUAAGGAAAAUUAUUCCUACACCCUGAGUUGUGCUACAAUAAUCAGACUAACUUUUAAGCAGGAAAAUGAGUUUAAGUAUGAGUGGAACUAGGGUCACCACCAUGUCUGAGUGGCUACAAUCGGAUGUUUUCAUCAUAUUUGUGGUGGUGCUACUGCUGGCAGUUAUUAUCCUCGUUGCUCUCUGCUUCAUCAUAAGGCGCCAUCGUAUAUACAGGAAAACAGAAAAAAUGACACAAAUGGAGAUUGCUUUCCCUGAUAUUCAUUUAGCUGGUUCGGAUACAACCACUAAACCCAAAAUCAUCAUGAAGAUCAUCACAGAGCAGAAACAUGCUUUAAAGAUUGUACAGAUUGCAAAGGGCCGAACUCACUCCACCGAUGUGGGUGUUGUAACACCUGCGGUUGCGUCUACAUCACAAGAUCAAUCUCAGAGAGACCCUUUGUCUUCCUCUCACACCAAAACAGAUGACACUUUUGCCAGUGAAGGGCUAUCCACUUUAUGGGACAUGCCAUCUACAAGUCCUCCUAAACAACCCUCUGUGACUGCACUGACUAAAAUUAAGUCAGCCAAGGUUCCUCCUUCUAAAGAAGAAAGUGAUAGUAGUGAAAGUGGAGAGUACUAUUCGACCUAAUCAUAAAAAAAAAAAAAAAACAUGCAAGUCAAGUUCACUGGGUUAAAAAUUAACAUGAAUUUGUGAAUUUCAUGUUUUAUCUACAGUAUAUGCUGUGAGGC